AACUGGUGACGAGGGUGCAAUGUCACAUUACCGUGGGGGCCAGGCGGGCGCCGUAGCAGUCUCGUACAGCACCAGCCCAAUGGCGCCGCAUUCUCCUAGCAGACGAUGUUCCAGCGGUAGCAGCGGAACCAGCAGCUCUGCUAUCAACGGUUCCACCUCAAAGUUGACUACCUACCGAUCUACUGGUUCCUCGUCGAUCCUAGAUCGACCAACAAACUUCUACUCGUCAUCGGGCAGCUCGGGUUAUCGUACGAGCCAUACGUCCGAAUACUGGAGAUCCUACUGCCCGCCUGGCAGUUUCUACUCGUCAACAAUGACGGGCAGCAGCAUCCGCAGGAACUACAUGUCGGAGUACAGCCGGUCUCGCUGCUCACCCGCAAGGUCAGUUUCGUCGUCGGCGUACAGCAGUACGGGCAGUGGUAACGCGGGUACGAAUGUGACUGUGAACGGCACCAGCAGCGGUAGAUACGGCUUGUCCACGUCAUCGUCCUCGUCGAGCAUCUCCGUCGGCGACUCGUCGAGGGACAGAGCGCAGGAAUCGUCGUCGUCCGUCUCCAGACACGAUCCGUCGGACCUUCUCAGAUAUUCGCCGUCCAAUUACGUGUCGAAGACACGGCAAACGAGUAGCAGUGCCGGAUCGCAUCAUCAUCAGUGGAAGCACCAUUCCACCGGGUCCUCUUUCACCGAGCUGUUCGGCGGCGACGAGCGCGAAAUCGAUCGCGGCAUCAGAGAUCGACCCGAUUCCUCGCUUUCCUCGUCCUCCUCGUCGUCUUCCGCCGCAACUAGCGGUAUACCCUGGUCCAGGUCGAAGAGAAAGCCACUGUCCAGCAGCACGGUGCUUACCAGCGGGCAUGUUCGCGCGGACAGUACCGCGUCGCCUGGCGAGGUAACGAUCGACGACCGCGGCACCAUCCGCGACUUAGACGAGGACGAGGACGACGAUGACGACGACGACGACGAUGACGAGGACAAUACCGACGACGAUCAGCACAACAACAACGGCAAUGGGAAUAACAGCAACGUCGAGGAUGCCUGCGCCUAUGGAAUUAACAACAACGAUAACGACGACGACGAUGACGCCGACGCCGACGGCGACAGCAACCUGAACAACCGCCAUCACCAACGCGUUGCCAUUCAUCGAGCCGACGAGGUCUCACCCGCUAAGCGUAACCUCUUGUCGCCUGUCCCCGGUGGUGCUGGCGGUGCUGAUUUUGUUAGUGUUAAACUCGACCUGCUCACUAACCUUGCUACUAAUCCGAAUAAUGCCGAUUUGCUGAUUAACAACAACGGCCAGGACAAAGUUGUGCGUCAGCCCGAGAACGACGUCGAGAUCGAAGACGAAACCGAGGUAAUACGGGGUGCCGACGCGAUCGCGUUUCUUCAGGGUGGUCGCACAGGAGAUCCGGAGAUCUUGGAGGAAGGCAAGGAACAACAGCGAACCGCGUCGACCUCGUACGAUAUAAGUCAAACCGGGUUCGGGGGCGGCAACUCGCCACCGGUAUUACAAAACGGCGUGGCGGGGAGACCGUCUGGUACCUAUGGAGACGACCCAUCCGCGCCUUCCACUUCGAGAAGACCGGAUGGUCAUUUCUCCGGAAGCGCGAAUACUGCCAGUAAUCUCACUUCGUCGCCCACCGCACCGUCCACGGCACAUCAAAAUCUCUACCGCGGGGUCACCGACCAGUUUGAAGGAAGCCCGACAAACAAAUCAGCACGUAAUCGGCUACAGGCGCAUCGUGAUGAACGAUGCGGACUAAACGGAUUACGGAAUAUUGGAAAUACAUGUUUUAUGAACAGCGUAAUCCAAUGUCUCAGCAACACAAGACCUCUGCUGGAAUACUUGCUGAACGAGCAGUACUUGGCGGACAUAAAUACUGCCACGUCCAGUAUGAAGGGUGCCCUCAUCAAGGCGUUCAGCCAGGUGAUUCACGAGCUGUGGGAGGUGGGCGGUGACCACGUGGUGAACACGACGGCGCUCAAAUCUCAAAUUCAGAGAUUUGCACCACGUUUCAUGGGAUAUAGUCAACAAGAUGCUCAAGAAUUUCUCAGAUACUUGCUGGAAGGGUUGCACGAAGAUGUGAACAGGGUGACGAUAAAGCCACAACCGAUACACACAGAUAUUCCUGAGAUGUUCACGGACAGCCAGAAAGCUGUAGAAAGUUGGAAACGUUAUCUUCGUAGCGAAGACAGUAUGAUAGUGGAUGUAUUUGUCGGUCAAUUACGCUCGUCGUUGCGCUGCACCUCCUGUGACCAUGUGUCGGUAACGUUGGAUCCAUUCUGGGAUUUGAGUUUGCCGAUACCUGCCAGAAAUGGCACGGUCAAACUAAGUCAGUGUUUAGAACAUUUCACGCGAGAAGAAGUUUUGGAUGGCGAUGAAAAACCAACCUGUUCCAAGUGUCAAAUGAGGAGGAAGUGUACCAAAAGCUUCAGUAUACAAAAGUUUCCGAAGAUUCUCGUUAUCCAUUUAAAACGUUUCUCUCCUAUGGAACGAUAUCGCGGCAAGCUAAACGUAAUGGUAGAUUUUCCAUUGACGGGUUUGGAUCUCAGUGCCUUUGCCGCUCCCAGAGUUCCGGGCUGUACAUAUAACUUGUACGGUGUCGCGAAUCAUUCGGGUACAACGUACUCUGGCCAUUACACGGCGUAUUGCAAGCAUCCUUACUCAGGAGAGUGGCACGAGUACAAUGACAGCCGGGUGUCCGUAGUUCCAGCGCGAUCGGUCGUUUCCAGCGAAGCCUACGUACUGUUUUACGAACAGCAGCCUCACAGCUCUCACUUGUAACCUUACGCCAUGCCUAGAGCGAACGACCAUCUUGCCUCUUGAUACCUCAGUCCAGCAUAGUAUAAAAAACAGUGUACUUUAUCGUACCGGUAUUGAAAAGCGACUAAACACUGAACGACAAGUAGAGGGUCGUAUUCGACGACCGAACGGAAUGUGUAUUGUGUGACAUUGGCGAUAAUCAUGUACCCUUCGAGCAAGUAACGUUUGUUUUUCUGCAAGGUUAGAGAAAUUCCAUGGUGUGAGGAACUCCUCCCUUCGGCUUUUUUAGAUAUGAGACGUUUUAGUGCAUUUUUAUCAAAGGGAGAAUAUUAAAUAGAGCCGUGGAUAUAAGCAGAUAUUAAUUACCACUCUGGAUACAUACAAAAGGCUUGGGAACUAGAAUUUCGGCCAACUAAUAUCGUUAUCUUGAAUUAUUGUAUCAUUCAUUGAUUUUUUAUAUAUAUCUUUUUCUGCCUCCUCUUCUUUUUAUGGAACGAAUUUUUAGAUUUUGCCAGAUAGAUUUCAUUGCGUCGCGUAUUGUACGAAGAAUAUGCAUGUACUUUGAUAUC